AUGGCCCCCAUCAAAACAGUCGCCGUUCUCGGGGCCACCGGCAACCUCGGCCCAUCCCUCAUCACCGAGCUCCAACGCGCCGGCUUCACCGUGACCGCCAUCACCCGCUCCAACUCCACAACCACCCCACCCACGAACCUCCCCCCCGACACCCGCACCCUCACCGCCGACUACACCUCCCUCUCCUCCCUCACAGCCGCCUUCGCCGGCCAGGACGCGGUCGUGUCAGCGGUGGCAACGCAGGGCGUGGCGGCGCAACGCACGGCGGUGGACGCGGCGCUGGCGGCGGGGGUGCGGCGCUUCGUGCCGUCCGAGUUUGGCAUCAAUACGAGGGUGGUGAGGGAACGGGUGAUUGGGAGGGUGUUGGCGGGGAAGGUUGGGGUGUUUGUGGGGGAGGAAGAAGGGGUGAUUGUUCAUCUGGUCGGGUCAUGGCUAACUGGUUCCCAGGGCCUCGAGCGCAGCGGGCUGGGAACGGUCAGCAUCAAGGACAAGACGGCCACGGUCAUUGACUCGGGCGACGAGAAGUGGUAUGCGAGCACCCUCGCGCAGAUUGGCAGGGUCGUGGCGGGCAUCUUGAAGCACCCCGACGAGACGGCCAACAAGUACAUCUCGACGGCGUCGUUCAACCUCUCGCAGAACGAGCUGAUUGCGGUGGUGGAGGAGUUGACGGGGUCGAAACUGGCCGUCACAAAGAUAAAGUCGGCGGAUCUGCAACAGGCCGGUGAGACGAAGCUCGCGGCCGGGGAUUACUCGGCGUUUGUGGACUUGCUGAGGGCACACAACUCUGCAGAUGGUGCAGGGAAUGGGCUGCCCGAGGAGGAGAGUGCAAACGGUUUGCUUGGUGUGCCGUACGAGGAUGUGAGGGAGGCAGUGAAGAAUUGGCUGGAGCGGGAAGGCGCGCUAUAA